AUGUCGGACACUCUUCCGCCGCCUCCACUGUCCCAGGGAACAGGCUAUGGCGUUGUUGUGGGCCUGGGCUUCUUCUUUGCCGUCGUGGUCAUCGGUGUCAGCCGGACGCUCAUCCGCUUCGCCGGUAUCCAAGAGACCUCUGAAGAAUUCAGCGUUGCUACGCGGUCUCUAGGUAAGGGACUGGUUGCCUCGGCUGCUGUCAGUUCGUGGAUCUGGUCCGUGACACUCUUAUCGAGCUGCAGCACCGCCUACAACUAUGGUGCCGCUGGUGCAUUCAUGUACGCAGCGGGCAACACGACCCAGAUUGCCCUCUUCGCUCUCCUCGCCGUGCAGAUCAAGCGCAAAGCUCCAACGGUGCACACACACCUUGAGCUUGUGAAGCUGCGCUUUCCUGGCAUCUUUCCGCAUCUAACAUUCAUGUUCUUUGCGCUUGCGACCAACAUCCUCGUCUCCGCUGCCGUUCUCCUUGGUGCCAGCGCCGCGAUCAACGCGAUCACCGGUACCAACAUUUACGCCAACAUCUGGCUCCUGUCCGCCGCCGUCGUAUCAUACACCGUUCGCGGCGGCCUGCGAUCUGUGGUCAUCGCCGACUACCUACAUACCUGCAUCAUCCUCAUCAUCCUUUUCAUCUUUUGGCUCCGCACGUAUACCACGCUCCCGGAGAUCGGAAGCCCAUCCAAGAUGUAUGACCUGUUGCAGAAUUUGGCCGUGACGGGGAAUGGUAUCAAAGGCAACUUCCAAGAGUCGCUGCUCACCAUCAAGAGCCCCGAUGCGAUCAAGUUUGGCGUCCUGAGCUGGCUUGAGUACACCGGUGUCGUCUUCAACGACGCGAGCUUCUUCCAAAAGGGCAUCGCAGCAAAGCCCUCCGCAGCCAUGCCAGGCUACGUCAUUGCAGCCCUGUCUUGGUUCCCGGUGCCAUGGGCUCUCGCCACCACCGCUGGUCUCGUCGCUCGUGCGCUUGAGACGACCAGCCCGCGCUUCCCCACGUUCCCCAACAAAAUGACCACCGCUGAGAUCAGCGCUGGUCUGACGCUGCCAUAUGCCGGCCAAGCUAUUCUUGGAAACGGCGGGUCUGCUGCGGUGCUCCUGCUCAUGUUCAUGAGCUCCACCUCGGCCCUGUCCGCGCAACUCGUCGGGGUUUCCACUGUGCUGACGUUUGACGUAUACAAUACGUACAUCAACAAGAAGGCCACCGCCAGGCAAACGCUGCUCGUCAACCACUUUGGCGUCGUGGGUUUUGGCAUCUUCGCAUCCGCUUUCUCUUCGCUACUACAUGGCGUUGGCGUUGACCUCAGCAUCAUUUACAACAUCACGGGUAUCUUCACAUGCUCUGCGCUUCCGCAGCUGCUGUUCAUCUUCUCGUCCGCUGGUUUCCCCAACGCGUUGCAUAGCUGGGCUGUAUUUCCGGGCAUCUGGAUCGACUUUGGCGCCGCAGUCGGCGUGUGGCUCGGCACGGCGUACCGCACGCAAGGCGCGGUGAACAUCACCACACUGGCUAACGUUAGUGUCUGCCUGUACGGCUGCAUCGCCGCCGUCAGCACGGGCUUGAUCCUGUGCACGAUUGCGUCGCUCAUCAACGGCGAGCAGUUUGACUGGGACACGCUUAAAGUUAAACAGGCUGACUCGUAUGAGGGUGCCAAGGAGGUGCUGGAGCAAGAGCAGGAUGUCAAGGAGCGCAGGCAGCUCGACAGCGCGCUCAAGCUCGGGGCUAUAUUCUCCGUCACGAUCUUUCUUGUGCUCUUUAUCAUUUGGCCUUACUCGCUCUACCGCGACUACAUUUUCACGCGCUCAUUUUUCUCGGGCUGGUCGAUCGUUGCAUUCAUCUGGGCCGUCAUCUCCUUCGUCAACGUCGGUAUCCUUCCGCUUUACGAGGGCAUUCCGCUGUUCAACCUCAUCUCGAGUGGCAUCUACAAUCGUCUUCGUGGUCGGCCGGCACCGAGCUCCGACUCUGCAGAGGACCCUGCAUCAACAGGCGCCUCGACGCCUCUGGGCGAAAAGGAAGGCAGUGCAUCGUCGCCGGAGACCGAGUACACGGGACCGGGCAGCGCGAACAAGACUGUCGUGUCUGUUGGCGGGAGUAGCUUCGGGCACUAG